GCUGCUGGAGAUAUUAUACAUAUAGCCCAAAACCAUUUUCAGUCAGCAAUUCUUCCUUUGGCUUCGCCAUCAUUGACUAUGCAUCGUGAUCUUACCUCUGAUAAAAAUAGAUUUAUGAUGGGAGUAGAAAAUAAAAUAAAUUCGACGGUACAAAAAAUGAUUGAUAUUAUUACUGCUAGGUUGAAUUAUUUAUUAUCUCGUCAGAAAAAAGUCGAUUUUCGGCCUAGAGAUGAGGAUGAUGUGAUUGCGAGUUUAGCAACUGCG